AUGUCCGAGAACCAGAACAAUGGCUCGCGCCGCUUCCGGCCCGCCAUCGAGAACUUGCGCAACUCCCGGGACGUAAACCGGCAGGUCACCAUCGUCAACUGGGUGAACGAAAUCAUGAGAGACCAGCGACAGAUCCGCGAAUGGAUCCAGCGCCUUCAGGAGGGUGUAGACGUGAUUGAGGAGAUCUCAGACGAGAAUAGCGAGGACAUCCAGGAGUUGCGACUAGGCCAAAACGACAUCAAGAUGCUGGAAGAAUAUGCUGCCGAUAUGAAGGAAGUCGGAGACUCCGCCGACGCGCUUUUACAAGCCCGUAUCCUGGCCGAGAAUAUGGAGGAGCACCUUCUUAAGUUGAAGGCGGACGUCGAGGAACUCAAGAGUCAAGUCCAUCAAGUCGAUCAGACCCUUCUCAUCCCCUUAGACUACAUCAGCUCUGACGCAUUUAUGGAGAAGAAAUUGUCCUCCCCCGACCGAAAGCAUCGAUCUCGCGACGGUAGCAGGGACGAUUACGAACGCGACAAGCGCAACCGAGCCUCCCACCGCGACGCACAUUCGAGACACCAGGACAGGAAGAGAUCGCGAUCUCGAGACCAUUCGAGAGAGCGGAAGCGACACAGACGUUCUCGAUCCCCAGACGAUUCGCGCCGGCGACGAUCGCGCUCUCGAGACCGCGAGCGAGACAGCGAAAGGGCGCACAGAAGCAGACGACGUUCACGAGACCAUGAUGACAAACACAGCGAUCGAGCCUCACACCGUCGUCGGGCGCGAGACGACGCCCACGACGACCAAGACAGGGGUGGCAAACAAAUCGUGAAGCGCAGCGGACCUCUUCCCUCGCAAGACGUGUCCUUCGCCCUGACCACGGGGGAGGAGGCCCCCAAGCCCAAGGAGAAGCCCAAUUUUGGGAACACGGGCUCUUUGGCGGCUGCCUCCAAUGCGGUUACUCAAGCAGAUGGUUCCACCAUCGUCCUCAAGUACCAUGAGCCGCCGGAAGCUCGAAAGCCGGCGCCAAAGGACCAGUGGAAGCUGUUUGUGUUCAAGGGAGACGAGAUCAUCGACACGGUCCCGCUCAGCAGUCGCAGCUGUUGGUUGGUUGGCAGAGAACUGGCUGUGGUAGACAUGGCGGCCGAACACCCCAGCAUAAGUAAACAGCACGCGGUCAUCCAGUUUCGCUACCUCGAGAAACGCAACGAGUAUGGCGACAAGAUUGGGAAGGUCAAGCCCUACCUCAUCGACCUCGAAAGCGCCAAUGGGACCAUGAUCAACUCCAAGAAGGUGCCCGAGAGCCGGUACCUCGAACUAAGAGACAAGGAUAUGAUUCAGUUUGGUCAGAGCACUAGGGAAUAUGUGCUGAUGCUCGCACCGAAAGACUGA